AUGGCGUCAAGCUUGGAACAAUUUCAAAAUGUUCUCUUGAACAACCCCGUCGCCAACACUCUUUCAGAUGCCGUUAACUCCUUCUCGGAACGGAGGGCGAAGCUUGGCCUGUCCAACCCCGGCACCACCGAGAACCUGACCAGGGAGGUCCAACGCGAUGUCCUGCUCACCAACUACAUGUUUACCGGUCUUCGCGCCGACCUCACCAAGGCCUUCAGCAUGUCGCCCCUAUUUCAGGUCUCUCACCAGUUCGCGAUGGGUGACCGUCUGAACCCGUACACGUUUGCUGCGCUGUACGGAACGAGCAAGGUUUUCAUGCAAGGAAACAUGGACAACGACGGCCAGCUUUCCACUAGAUUCAACUACCGGUGGUCCGACAAGCUCGUGUCGAGAACGCAGUUCCAGGCCGCCCCUGGUGCUGGCCAGGAGAUGCUCCAGAUCGAGAACGAAUACACUGGAGACGACUUCACAGCCUCCCUCAAGAUGUUGAAUCCCUCUUGUCUCGACGGCGGUGUUACUGGUAUCUUCAUCGGAAGCUACCUCCAGUCGGUUACUUCUAAGCUUGCCCUUGGUCUCGAGACCGUCUGGCAGCGCCAGGCCAUGACCCAGGGCCCUGAGACUGCCACCUCCUACUGCGCUCGCUACAAGUCCGACGACUGGGUUGCCACCGCUCAGCUUCAGGCGCAGGGAGCUCUGAACACCUCCUACUGGAGGCGUCUGUCCGAGAAGGUCCAGGCUGGUGUCGACCUGUCUCUUUCGCUCGUUCCCAGUGCCGCAGGCGUCAUGGGUGGCUUCCAGAAGGAGGGCGUCACCACCGUUGGUGCCAAGUACGACUUCAGAAUGUCUACCUUCCGUGCCCAGGUCGACUCCAAGGGCAAGCUUAGCUGUUUGUUGGAGAAGCGCAUUGCCGCCCCUGUCAUGAUGACUCUGGCUGCCGAUGUUGACCACUUUGCGGUAAGUUCUGCCAUCCACGAUUCAGCAACCGUGUUCUGA